AUGGUGUUACAGCCCCGCGAGGACGGUAGCUCGACAAUGAAGUCCAGUGAAACUGCUUCCCAGGGUCUUCCGGGUAUGGAUUUUAAUAUGGAUGUUGGGGGUCCUGCUCAAAAGGGAUCUCCAUCCAAAGUUGCUAGCCCAAGUGAAACUCCCAUUUUUCUCAUGGCUAAUGUCUACUUGGUGUAUCAGCAAAGGAACCAUUACCUUAGCCGUGGAUACGGUUCCUUUGCUAUGGUGGUAGACGGUUCCUUUGCUGAUACACCAAGACUGGGAGAAGACCGCAACAUCUUAUCUGUAGAGGCGGAUGGAAUAUUGACCUCCUUCUCCUUCCCGGGAAAAAAAGACGGCUUUUGUUUUUCCAGACUCCAAGACUACGAUUGCAGGAGUCAUGCAUUAUAUGUGAGGAGGCUGUGGGACAGUCCACGAACUGUAGAAAUGAGCAUCGAUCGCUCGCGGACCAGGAGUCAGUGGCAGAAUCACAUGGGGAAACCGCAUGAUCUGUCUGUCGAGACUGUCGAGACUGAGGUGCCAUUAGAAAAUAAUGACACCACCAGCGCGAUCAACGGUAGUGUGCGAAUCCGUGACCGUGCGGCCAUCCACGUGGUUUCCUGCACGAUUGCUGCGCAGUCACGGAUCACCCAGGUGUCAACCUGGCCUAAGAAUGAAUGUGAUGGUCAGCUUGUGUCUUCUCUCUCUCAGUCAUCCUUCAGCAGUUCUUCUGAACUUUCCAGUACACAUAGUGCAGGCUUCGCAAGGCUCAACAGGAGAGAUGGAGCUGGAGGGUGGUCUCCACAUAUUUCUAAUAAAUACCAGUGGCUCCAGAUUGAUCUAGGAGAAAGAAAAGAAAUUACUGCAAUUGCAACUCAAGGCAAAUAUGGAAGCUCAGACUGGGUAACAAGCUAUCUGUUAAUGUACAGCGACACAGGAAGAAACUGGAAGCAGUAUCAUCAAGAGGAAGGCAUUUUGGCAUUCAUUGGAAAUACAAAUGCUGACAGUGUUGUUCAACAUAAGCUUCAGAAUCAUAUAAGAGCAAGAUACCUACGUUUCACUCCCUUGAACUGGAACUUGAAUGGCAGGAUAGGAAUGAGAGUAGAGGUGUAUGGAUGUACAUACAGUUCAGACAUUAUUUAUCUUGAUGGUAAAAGCUCCGUACUGUACCGCUUUCAUCAAAAGUCAAUGAGCACAACAAAAGAUGUAAUUUCUCUCAAGUUUAAGUCAAUGCAAACUGAUGGCAUGUUACUUCAUGGGGAAGGACGAAAUGGAGAUCGUAUAUCAUUGGAACUUAUAAAAGGAAGACUUUGGUUAAUAAUUAGCCUAGGAAAUGUACAGUUUCAUACCUUUAACCCUCCUGUUAAUGUCACCUUGGGAAGCUUGUUAGAUGACCAGCAAUGGCAUUCAGCUGUCAUAGAGCGUUUUGGAAGACAAGUCAAUUUCACUGUUGACAAACACGUGCAUCAUUUCUUCAUGAAAGGAGAUAUUUCUUAUUUGGACAUUGAUUAUGAGCUUAGCUUUGGAGGUAUCGCCUCACAAGGAAAAUCAGCAUCACUGCAUCAGAAGAAUUUUCAUGGGUGCUUUGAGAACCUUUAUUACAAUGGUAUGAACAUUAUUGACUUGACCAAGAGGUAUAAACCUCCAAUCUAUGUUGAGGGAAAUAUUUCUUUUUCCUGCCAAGAGCCUCCUGUUGUCCCAAUUACAUUUCUAAAUUCAAACAGCUAUUUGAUCUUGCCUGGAUUAUCAAUACAAGAAGAGGUUAUCAUCUCUUUUCAUUUCCGUACUUGGAACAAGGAAGGCACACUAUUUUCAACCAAGCUUAGCUCUGCUCCAUUUAUUUUUGUAAUAUAUCUUGCUGAAAGAAAGCUUAAAAUGAGCCUUUUUAAAUAUGAAAGGCUGUACUUAGACACAAUAACAGCUUUUGAAUUAAAUAAUGGACAAUGGCAUGUUGUUUAUCUUGUGAUUAAAAGAAACCGUGCAAUUUUAACAGUAGACAAUGAUGCAUCUGCAAAUCUAUAUAUGCUCCUACCUUUUCAAGUGUCAUCUGCAGGAAAUUAUUACUUUGGAGGAUGUCCGAAUAACAAUACUGACCAUGUAUGUAAAAAGCCUGUUGGUACCUUUUUGGGUUGCAUGAAAUCAAUUUCCAUUGGUUCCAGAAUUGUGGACCUUAUUUUAGUGCAGCAGAGUUUGCUUGGAAAUUUUAGUGAUUUGCAGAUUGAUUUAUGCGGAAUCACUGACAGAUGUUUUCCUAACUACUGUGAGCAUGGAGGAAAAUGUUCACAAACAUGGAAUGAUUUUUACUGCAACUGCUCAGACACUGGAUACAUGGGAGGGACCUGCCAUAAUUCUAUUUAUGAGCAAUCUUGUGAAGCAUAUAAGCACAAAGGAAACUCCUCUGGAUUCUUUUAUGUUGAUUCUGAUGGAAGUGGCUCUCUGGAACCAUUUGUGGUUUACUGCAACAUGACAGAUUCGGCAAUAAGUAUUUUACAUCACAACAAUACAGAGCUGCAUAAGGUAAAGAGUUCUAAUCGAGAGUUCCCCCACACAAUGAAUUUCAAAUACUCUGCUGACAUGGAGCAGCUCCAGGCUACAAUUAACAAUUCUGAACAUUGCAUACAGGAAAUUAUCUACCAUUGUAAAAAGUCCCGCAUUCAACAAAAGCAAGGUAGUGUCCCAUUCACUUGGUGGGUUGGUCGCACUAACCAGUUACAUACCUAUUGGAGUGGUUCAUCAGUAGAUGCUACAAAAUGUUCAUGUGGACUUGAAGGAAACUGUAUUGAUGCUCAACAUAACUGCAACUGUGAUGCUGACAGGAAUGAAUGGACCAAUGACACUGGAUCACUUUCUAAUAAAGAUCACUUACCAGUUACACAGAUUGUUUUAACUGACACAAACAGACCACAUUCGGAAGCUGCUUAUAAACUUGGUCCUUUGCUUUGCUGGGGAGAUAGAAGUUUUUGGAAUGCAGCUUCUUUUAAUACAGUAUCAUCCUACCUACAUUUCCCUACCUUCGAUGGAGAACUCAGUGCAGAUGUAUCUUUCUUCUUCAAAACUGCAUCACCAUCUGGACUAUUCUUAGAAAACCUGGGAAUCAAGGAUUUUAUUCGCAUUGAAUUGGAAUCUCCAACAGAUGUGAUUUUUUCAUUUGAUGUUGGGAAUGGCCCCCUAGAGGUCAGAGUACAAUCACCAACUCAUUUGAAUGACAGCCAGUGGCAUUUUGUAAAGGUGGAGAGAAACAUUAAAGAAGCUUCUCUACAAGUGGACAAUUUGCCACAAAAAACAUAUACUACUUCUUGUGAUGGUCACAUACGGCUGCAGCUUUACAGUCAGCUUUUUAUUGGUGGUACUCCUUCAAGGCAGAAAGGAUUUUUAGGAUGCAUUCGUUCUUUAAAAUUAAACGGCAUUGCCGUGGAUUUGGAAGAAAGAGCUAAAGUGACCCCAGGAAUUAAACCGGGCUGUCCAGGACAUUGCAGCAGCUAUGGAAACUUAUGCCACAGUGGGGAGCAGUGUAUUGAAAAGCCGGCUGGGUUUUCAUGUGACUGUAGCGCAUCUGCAUAUGCUGGAGCAUUUUGUAAAAACGAAAUUUCAGCAUAUUUUCAAGCAGAAUCAUCAAUAACUUACAAUUUCCAUGCAAAUCACUCUAUGGCUAAAAAUUCAAGCUUGCAUCCAUUUUCUCCAAAUGCAGGCAUAUCUUCUAAAGAGACUAUUGCAUUUAAUUUUAGAACAACGCAAGCACCAAGUUUAUUAUUGUUUAUCAGUACUUUUACUAAGGAGUAUAUUUCAAUCAUCAUUUCAAGAAAUGGAAGUUUACAGAUUAGAUACAGAUUGGAUCAUCAGCAAGAUCCUGAAGUAUUUAGUUUCCAUUUUAAGAAUCUAGCUGAUGGCCACCUCCAGAAAGUGAAGAUUUUGAGAAAGCAAGAUAUUCUGUUUGUGGAGGUUAACGAAUAUACAAGUGAGAAAUUUAUUUUGACUUCUGGUACAGACUUCAGUUCAAUCCAUUCUCUUGAGCUUGGAAAGAUAUUAGCUGAAGACAUCGAUAUUGACCUAGAAACCAUGAAAGCCAAUGCAAAUGGAUUCACUGGAUGUCUCUCUGCUGUGCAAUUUAAUAAUAUUUUUCCACUGAAGAUUGCAUUCCAAAAUAAUCAAAAUAAUCAUAGCUCUCAGAUUAUGAUAAAUGGUCAUGUUUCCGAAUCUGGCUGCGGUUCCCUAAAUGGUGACGAUGCAUUAUCAGGAGAAACAACUCAUUCAUUUGCAGAUCAUUCAAGACCAAUGGAUAAUGGAGAACCACUAACUAAUGUGUUGAAAAGCAGUGUUGCUGUUGUUGGAGGUGUCAUAACUGUUGCUGUAUUCAUCCUGUUAUGCAUCUCCGGCAUAGCAAUAAGAAUAUAUCUCCAGAAGAAUACAUAUAAAAAGAAUGAAGCCAAAGAAUCAGAACAUGAGGACAAUGUACAGGCAGCAGCAGCAUUGAAAGCUGAAAUCAGUAUGCAAAAUGCAAUCAACGAAAGUCAAAAAGAAUACUUUUUCUAAUUCGCUCUCAUUGUGCAGCCAAACAAUGGGACAGACAGACUUUCUUGCUAAGCAAGGGGCACUAGAUGAACACCAAUUUCAAAUCAUUGUACAUGCACUGCAAGAAAAUGAUGGACUGGAUCAGUAUUAAAAUGGUUAUGAUCAGCCACGGUGAUGUUUAAAUAGCCCUCUAAAACCACUUGCUUUGGGUGGCAUUGCAAGCAUUCUCGGUGAUGGCAAUCACUGUAUUGUGCACUCUUUAGUUGUUAAUAGUGCCUGGUUGUUCUGAUGUGACUUUUCAAAUCUGCAGAUUUCCGUACUGAGUUAUGAAUUUCAGACUAUCCUGAUGUUGAAACUCUUAUAAUGUCUGUGUGAUUGAAACCUUUUAUUUAUAGUACAGUCUGAACUGUAAUAUUUGCUUCAAAAGGGAGAGGAAAUUUAGUGUUUUUAUAUUGUGAUCUUGUUUUCUGGUUCAUUACCAGAAAUGCCUCUAAAUGAUUUAUGCCACAUUAAAGAUUCUUCAAAUCAAAAAGAACCUUUGUGUAAAAAUUACUC